CGGGCGGCGGCGCCGGAGGAGGGACCGCGCUGCGGGGGGAGGAGCGACAGGGGGACAUUUCCUCCCCCCCCCCUCCCCUCAGCCCCCCUCAGGGCUCCCCCCGCCGCCCCGAAACUCGCGAUAAAACCCCCCUUGAAAAGCGUUUUUUUUUUAAUCUUUAAAACCCCCGAGAUUCCACGCAAAGAGAGGAGAGAGAGAUAUAGAGAGAAAGGAGGAAAAAGGAAAAGGAAAAGGAAAAAAAAAAGGCCGGCCCUGCGAGGGCCCGGCCCGGCGUCAUGGAGCCCCGAGGUGGAGCCUGGCAGACCCCGAACGCCGAGAACCUCCCCCCCCAGACGCUGCGGGGGCUGUGCCGGGAGGUUUCCCUGCUCAGCUCCGACCCCCCCGAGGGCAUCAAAGUCUUCCCCAACGAGGAGGACGUCACUGACCUGCAGGUGGCCAUCGAGGGGCCAGAGGGCACCCCCUACGCGGGGGGGCUCUUCAGGAUGAAGUUGGUGCUGGGCAGGGAUUUCCCGGCCGCUCCCCCCAAGGGUUUCUUCCUCACCAAAAUCUUCCACCCCAACGUGGGGCCCGGGGGGGAGAUUUGUGUCAACGUCCUCAAGAGGGACUGGAGGGCCGAGCUGGGGCUCAGGCACGUCCUGCUGGUGAGCUGGGGGGCACUGGGAUGAACUGGGAUGAAC